CUUAAGUUCUUCACAAAGCCAUUUCAGUAUGAAUACGUGAAUAUAUUUCUUGUAAUUGUUUAAAAUUUAAUCCAACAAAAUCUGUUCAAAACAAAUUACAAAAUACGAAUGAUCUGAUGAAUUUUUCUCCAUGAUCUGUCGUUUAAUUGUAUUUUCUCGACAUGGAUAUAUCAAAAUUACUGCAAAAGAAGCGUCGGGCCCAGGGCAACGGAAACAUGAAAAUAAUUGCAGAAGUUUCGAAAGAACUUGGAGACAUUUAUUUCCAAACGGAAAAAUACCUAAAGGCUCUUAACCAAUACAAGGAUCAAGUAGAAGCUUGCGAAAGUCUGGAUGACGCUUUACAAACAGCCGUAGGGAACCGAAUGAUUGGCGAGGUUCUCACGAGCUUAGGUCGCUUCGAGGAUGCCCUGAAAUAUCAAAAUCUCUACCUCGAACGAGCCAUUGAGUUGAAUGACCUCAUCGAGCAGCAGAGAGCUCACGCCGGUCUGGGUCGCACCCACUUCUGCAUGAGUCACUGCCUCGAAGAUAAAACGAAAAAAAAAGAAGCUCUCAAUGCCGCUAAAAUCGCCUACCUAACGAGUCUGAAAACUUGCGACAAAUUCGAGACGUCUGGAGUGAAUAUUCACAUCAAAGAGGUGAUGACGAUGCGAGCUAGAUUACUCUUAAACCUCGGGCUUGUGCUAGAAGCCAAGCAACAUCCUGAGAAGGGAAAAGUACUGAUGGAGAAAGCAGCACAACUCUGUGAACAGAAUGGACUUGACGAGGAUCUGCACCGAACCAACAUCUCUCUCGGAAAGGUCCACGAAGAUGUCAAAGAUUAUUCUUCAGCCCAGGAAUUCUACCGCAAAGCUGCAAAUAUUGAAGACCCCAUUCUCAAAGAAUCAGCCUAUCUGCACGAGGCAGAACUUCUUGUAAAAUGGGGAAAGUGGAGUAAAGCGAGGGAAAUGUUGGUUCAAUUGUACGUCCAUCACAACAAUUCUUCCGGCAACCACAAGAAAGUAUCCAAGCUGCUGAAAAUUGUUGCAAUAAUCCAAUCUUGUGAAGAGAAAUUAUUGUCAGAAGAGAAUAAUCAAACAAGACUGGAGUUGUAUGAGACGAUGGGUGAUGCUGCGUCAGUUGGAAAUGCUUUUGAGACAGCUCUAGACUAUUACAGAAAUAUGCUAGCGUGUGCUGAGAUUGGGGAUAUCCAGGAGAAGAUUGGAACGGCCUUGGUUAGUGUCGCUCAAACCUUGAAAGACCUGGAGAAGUACGAUGAAGCUCUUGUGUAUGCCAAAAAGGAAUUACAACUUUGUAAAGACCCCAAGGAAAUUUGCAGAUCCGCUCUGUGCCUGAAAGACUUACUAAUCCUCUCGAGUUCCCCCGAAUCUCAUAUCCAAGAGGCCUUUGGCCAUGCUUGGAAGAAUGCAGAGAAGUCUGGGAACUUGGCCUUGAAAUUAUCUGUCCUCCAGAGCAGGCUGGAUUACUGUAUAUCAAAAGGAGAAAAGGAUACUUCAAAAUUGAGACAAAAUAUCGCUGAAAUACAGGAAAUGACUCAAGACGAUGAAUCGAGCGAUGAAGAGGACCUGGAGACCUCUUUGAAAGGUAUAAAUAUCGAAAUCGAUGAGUUAUUAGACGUUGAGGAGGAGAUGCAGAAGAAGGAAGGGAACACAGUGAGAAAGAAGCGUGUACCAAGCAUAAAAUUCAAAAAGACUUCACAUGGAGAAAUGCCUCUACAGGUUGCAUGCAUUGAUGGGGACAAAAAAAAAGUUGCAGAGCUUCUAAAGCAAGGACAUCCUGUGAAUUGCCGGGAUUACUGUGGAUGGACCCCUCUCCACGAGGCAGCUAACCACGGAUUCUUAGAAAUUGUCAAAUUAUUGGUGAAUUAUGGUGUUAAUAUUAAUGAUCGUGGAGGGCAUCAGUGUGGCAAAUUAACUCCGCUCCAUGAUGCGGCCACUUGUGGGCACAUUGAUGUCGUCGAUUUCUUGAUUGAGAAAGGAGCAGACCCUAGACUCAAGACAGCUAAAGGAGAUACUGUGCUGGAUUGCCUGGAAGAAUGGAAGCGUAGAGUGGGUGAACUCAGUCCUGAGGAUGAAGCUAGGUAUCAAAUUGUUAGGAAUAAACUGAAAGCGAUUAUUCCCAGGGCGACUAAGCCCUCAUCGAGAGGUGCUGACAACUCAAACACUCCACGUGAUUCUCUGACUGAUUCAGAUGCAGAUACCAACGAUCUUCCAAUGAUUCCACCAGACUUACCCAGAAAGGAAAAAAUAUCUGCUGGAGAGGAUUACAGGAGAACCAUCGAGAGUUUAAAAUCUAAUCGAUCAAGGAUUAUGACACCUAGUAGUUCGAAUCGAAACGUUGAACCUCUGAUUGAUAGUGAGGAACUUAUAAUCGAUGAAGACAAUUGGCUGGAGGAGGACGUGAAAAUUCCAACUGCCAAAAAAAGAAGAAGCGCUCCCAACCUUGAUACUCCAGGCUCGGUGAAACGGAAAUCUAUUACUUUGACUCCAAAUGAGGAUAAAAAUCCGAAGAGACGUAGGAAUAAUGAUAAUGAUGAGGUGGAGUGUUUGGAGGACAGUGAGAACAGUCGAGAUAGCGGUUCAUCUGAGAAUUUCGAUAUUUUUACUGCUAGUACGUCGAAUUCUUCACGAUUUCACAGGACGAAGUCUAAGCAGAAAUCAUUGCUGACCUCUGGGUUCACCAGAACGUUAGAGUCGAGAACUCCAUCUCCUGUGUUUCACCAGCCAGACUCGUUUGGUACCCAGUUACGGGGUCAGAGGGUUGAUAAUCAGAGCAGACAGCAUUCCGUAAAGGUUGAGAUUGAGUUGGAUAACCGUAUUAUCAAGACUAAAUUGAGGAUCGAGGACGAUAGUAUCAAUAUAAUUGAGGCUUUAAUGAAUGAUGUCGUGGGAAAAUUUGAAGAAAUGACUGGAUGUCGUGGGAGGAUCGAGCUGACGACGUCUUCUGGUGGUGUUAUUGAAGCUGAUAAUAUUUUAAAUAUUAUUUAUAAGAAUGAUGGGGUGCUUAGACUUGCUGGACGAGUACUGGACCUUCAAGUUCCAUCGCUCGUCGACCGCUUCGAGAAAUUUUGCAGAGCCAUGCGAAUCGACGGAGACGAUCCUGAGCUUGUGAGAUCAUUGAAGUCAUGUAAAAAUACUGGAAUUUUCCGGCUGAAGAGUGAUGAAUGUUUGGAUCUACUGUUGAUGCCAAUUUUAAAGAGUCUGGAGUACGAGAAGAGUCUGCAGGUGUUGCACUUGUCCUCAGGCAUUUUGUAUAAUUUGGGGGAGAGUGUAAAUGAGACAUUGGACAGAUUAACGUCUCUGCAGGAGUUGCAUCUUCAAGGAUGCGACAUUGAUCAUCAAUUUUUGAGAGCAAUUGAUCAUUUACCCCCUCAACUUCGAGUUUUGGACAUGGGUUACAAUCCAUUGGGUCCACAGAGUCAGGACAAACUGGGAGAGUUGAUUGCUCCUCUGAAGUGUCUCCAAACUCUUAACUUACGAUGCUGCGGUUUGGAGAGAUUUCCAGCAACGAGUAUCAGCUCGAGUCUAGUGAAUCUGGAUGUAUCUGGGAAUUUUAUUCAAGGAGAGAGUGUGGAAUUCCUCCUUGAGAAACAGAUAAUUAAUUUGAGUAUUUCCAAUACUUAUAGUCCAGAAAAUUCAAUUCAAGAGGUCUUGAUGAGAGGCAUGAAGUCGAUUUUUAUGAGUCUCGAAACUCUGGAAGUCACUGGCUGUAAUCUGACAAACGUUGAUGUACUGCAGGUGAUGGAGAAGUGUCAAAAUUUAUCAAAAUUCGUUUUGGGGGAUAAUCCUGAGGUGUCCCAGGUGGCAUUGGAGGCUUUAAUUGGGAGGAGGCCCACAUUUAUAUUGAUCGACAUGACAGGCUGUGGAAAGAUAACAGCAAUUCCCAGUUUAGGGUUGAGGAUUCAGAAUCCCUCAGUGUGUACUUUAAUGGCAAGCUUUUCUGAGGAAGUUUGCAACUCGUGGAGAAAUUUGUGGAGUCGUCAAGCCAUGUUGUACAACCAUCCACAUGACGUUGUUAUCAUCAGACCAUUCACGUAAUUUUUAUUUAUUUCAUUUUUGUAUCAAUUUUUAUAUUUUUUUAUUGUUAUCUCAAUACCCAUUUGUACAAUUUGUUACCCACUUUACAAUGAAUGUUUUCAACAGUGAUGUAACUAUUUUCAAAAUUUUU